CUAAACGCGCUCACUAACCUACCGACACACACACACACACAUACACACAUACACACACACACAUAUAACACGAGCUGCGAAUAUCAGCGCCAUUGAUCGAUAUAUCAGGAGUGUAAUCGAUCGAUCAGAGGAAUAGAACAAACCGGAAAAUUCACAUCGGAAUUACUUCAUAUAUUUCUGCGGGAGUUCAACAGCUUUCUCAGGUCUCAAUGUGCAACAUGGAGCCUAUUUUACCUGGAUUUAGAAACACACUAAAGCGGCAGGUGGCGUUCGAGACGUUUGACGACCCGAUGUCUCUGUUCUCCGGCUUCUGUCCGCUGGAGGAGGAGCAGGCGGUGCCGUCCGGCCUGGACUACAGCGCUCAGGACGGCGGAGUGUGUGCGGUGCCGCUGCUGACGCCCUGCAGUAAAGCCGUGGUCAGUCAGGCGCUGAUGGACAGUUUCAGCGGCUUCUCGAAGGUCCAGCGCAUCUGUGGCAUCUCCAGCAACCCGUGUAAGUGGAGCAAGCAGCACGUGUCUCAGUGGCUGUACUGGGCGUCCGGAGAGUUCAGCCUCACCAACAUCAACUUCUGCAAGUUUGACCUGAGCGGGCAGGAGCUGUGCGACCUGGGCAAGGACAGCUUCCUGGAUCUGGCUCCGGACUUCGUGGGCGAUAUUCUGUGGGAGCAUCUGGAGCAGAUGAUGAGAGCCUGUCAGGAGGGCGGCGAGCGGAAGCUCUCUGAGUGUGGAUGGACAAGCAGCAGCUCCAGCAGUCUCAGUGUGGAGGAGUGUUCUCUGAAGGUUCCCGAUAACCGCAUGAGUCUCCUCCGGGAGCUGUUCGAGACUGAUUCGGUCCUGUCGGCAUCGGGUCAGGAGCUGUCCAUGUACCCCCGACCUGAGCUCAGCACCGUCAGCAUCCGCUACACGAGCCGCGAGUUCCCCGCCGCUAAAGCUGCGCAGCGUCUCAGCGCAACAGUGUCGUCCCGUGAUCAGACGUCGCUGGAGAGUGUGGAGAGCGCUGAGGAGUGUGUGCUGCGCUCCUGGGGAAGCCACUCGUCUCUCGCCGACGCCCAGCGCGUGCCGUCCUACGACAGCUUCGAGGAGGAGUUAGGCUCCGCCCCCCUGGGUCUGGCCAAACAGGGGCUGUCCUUCAAAGACUACGUCCAGGAGCGGAACGAGCCGCCGGAGCAGGGCAAGCCUGUGAUCGCUGCCGCCGUGCUCGCUGGCUUCACCGGCAGUGGCCCCAUCCAGCUGUGGCAGUUCCUCCUGGAGCUCCUGACGGACUCGAGCUGCCAGAACAUCAUCAGCUGGACCGGCGACGGCUGGGAGUUCAAGCUCACCGACCCCGACGAGGUGGCCCGGCGCUGGGGGAAGAGGAAGAACAAGCCGAAGAUGAACUACGAGAAGCUGAGUCGAGGCCUGCGCUACUACUACGACAAGAACAUCAUCCACAAGACUUCUGGGAAGCGCUACGUCUACCGCUUCGUCUGCGACCUGCAGAGCCUGCUGGGAUACACGGUGGAGGAGCUGCACAGCAUGCUGGGAGUGCGAGCGGACACCGAGGACUGAGGCGUGUCGUGCGGACCCGGAGAGGUCUGGUUUCUCGGCCUGUGUGACGGAGACUCGAGGAGUUCUUCUGCUUUAUCCAGACGUUCGCUGAGGUCAGGCUAACGGAGAGAGCAUCACUGAACCUUUACUGUGAACUUUGACCUCAGACAUGGAUCUGUCCUGUGUUUGGCGAGCGAUCGACUGAUCUCGCUCAGGGUGAAGAGACGGAUGAAUGUUUACGUGUUUACCAAAGCUACGAGUCGUCUCAGUGCGCCGACCUCUGAGAAACUGCUGUAAUCUGAACGUCUCGUCCGGCUCUCUCGACUACACGUCUGCUGUACGAGUGUGUCCUAUAUCUGACAUAUUCCACUGGGGUUCAACUGCUCACACACACACACACACACAACAGACACUCUUUGCAAAACAUAAAACACAAUUCUCUCUGUAACAAACACUCUUUACUGAACACACACCGAUCAUGGCUUUAGAACAGGCCUGUAAAGGUCAAAGGUCAAGAUCUGGGUGCUUCGGACUGUAAUACUGUAUUCACAGCCACAAACGCUUACAGUCAAAAUAGAUGGUUUGGGUUCAAUGUUGCUUUCGUGUUUACCGUGAACGCUUCAACAUCUCGGCCGAUGACUUUCACUCGUGUCCAGAAACGUUCAUCUGAGCUUCAGGUUUUCAGUAACUGUGUGUAUAUGAUAUAUCCAGAAAUAUUAUAUUAUGGCAGAGGUGUUUACAGCGCUUUUGAGGUGUGUGUGAUAUUCUGAAUGCGGUGCUUCAUUUAGCAGGAGAUGUGCGGCGUUUUCAAUUCUUGGAUUUGUGUGUAAAGUGUUGAAAAAAAAUAAUGUAAGCAGCUGCAGUUUUGCUAACGUUCCCAUUAUGUUAUGAAAACGUUAUUUCUGAAUAUUCUGUCAACUAUUUUUUUAAAUGUUUUUUUGUUGUUGUUGCUAUGUGAAAAGAACGUUGUGUUAUCAUGACUGGAAGAACUGUUGUUCAUCUCUCGGAGAGAACGUUUCCCGGACUAUUAUUAUUCUCAUAAUUUAUACAGAUCUGUAAAUGUGUUUAUACGUGUGUAUUUGAUUGUUUUCUGGGUUCAGACGGGUUAAUAUGUUUAUUUGACAGAUGAUGUACGAGCGAGAGAUUAGUGAUCAGCUCAAGUGUUUCUAUGGAUCUUCUGAAUCACUCAGUCUUUAUUAUCAAACCUUUAUUAGUCAAACAUGUGAUGUUCGUCCUCUGAACCGAGUGACUUACACUGGUGGAAACAUGUUCACUAUGACUGUGUGUGUGUGUGUGUGUUGGAAUGUUUGAGAGGCAUUUGACUCAUAAGAAUCUGUCCAGACGUGCAUCUUUAUGCAGUUUAAUAACUCUGCGAAAGUCAACAAAUAAAUUCUGUUUAACUGA